UUUUUAAGUACCGGUGACCAAGCAGCAAAAGGCAACUAUGGGCUCCUGGAUCAGAUUCAAGCACUGCGCUGGAUUGAGGAGAAUGUGGGAGCCUUUGGCGGGGACCCAAAGCGCGUGACCAUCUUUGGCUCAGGGGCUGGGGCCUCCUCUGUCAGCCUGUUGACCCUAUCCCACUACUCCGAAGGUCUCUUCCAGAAGGCCAUCAUUCAGAGCGGCACCGCCCUGUCCAGCUGGGCAGUGAACUACCAGCCGGCCAAGUACACUCGGAUAUUGGCAGACAAGGUCGGCUGCAACAUGCUGGACACCACGGACAUGGUAGAAUGCCUGCGGAACAAGAACUACAAGGAGCUCAUCCAGCAGACCAUCACCCCAGCCACCUACCACAUAGCCUUCGGGCCCGUGAUCGACGGCGACGUCAUCCCAGACGACCCCCAGAUCCUGAUGGAGCAAGGCGAGUUCCUCAACUACGACAUCAUGCUGGGCGUCAACCAAGGGGAAGGCUUGAAGUUCGUGGACGGCAUCGUGGACAAUGAGGAUGGUGUGACGCCCAAUGACUUUGACUUCUCCGUGUCCAACUUCGUGGACAAUCUUUACGGCUAUCCUGAAGGCAAAGACACUUUGCGGGAGACUAUCAAGUUCAUGUACACAGACUGGGCCGAUAAGGAAAACCCGGAGACGCGGCGGAAGACUCUGGUGGCUCUCUUUACUGACCACCAGUGGGUGGCCCCCGCCGUGGCCACCGCUGACCUGCACGCGCAGUAUGGCUCCCCCACCUACUUCUAUGCCUUCUAUCAUCACUGCCAAAGCGAAAUGAAGCCCAGCUGGGCAGACUCGGCCCACGGCGACGAGGUUCCCUAUGUCUUCGGCGUCCCCAUGAUCGGCCCUACCGAGCUCUUCAGUUGUAACUUCUCCAAGAACGACGUCAUGCUCAGCGCCGUGGUCAUGACCUACUGGACAAACUUCGCCAAAACUGGUGAUCCAAAUCAACCAGUUCCACAGGAUACCAAGUUCAUUCACACGAAACCCAACCGCUUUGAGGAAGUGGCCUGGUCCAAGUAUAAUCCCAAAGACCAGCUCUAUCUGCAUAUUGGGUUGAAACCCAGAGUGAGAGAUCAUUACCGGGCAACGAAAGUGGCUUUCUGGUUGGAACUCGUUCCUCAUUUGCACAACUUGAACGAGAUAUUCCAGUAUGUUUCAACAACCACAAAGGUUCCUCCUCCAGACAUGACCUCAUUUCCCUAUGGUACCCGGCGAUCUCCUGCCAAGAUAUGGCCGACCACCAAACGCCCAGCUAUCACUCCUGCCAACAAUCCCAAACACUCGAAGGACCCUCACAAAACGGGGCCGGAGGACACAACUGUCCUCAUUGAAACCAAACGGGAUUAUUCCACUGAAUUAAGCGUCACCAUUGCCGUCGGGGCGUCGCUCCUCUUCCUCAACAUUUUGGCCUUUGCAGCGCUGUACUACAAAAAGGACAAGAGGCGCCAUGAGACUCACAGGCGCCCCAGUCCCCAGAGAAACACCACAAAUGAUAUCGCUCACAUCCAGAAUGAAGAGAUGAUGUCUCUGCAGAUGAAGCAGCUGGAGCACGAUCACGAGUGUGAGUCGCUGCAGGCGCACGACACGCUGAGGCUCACCUGCCCGCCAGACUACACCCUCACGCUGCGCCGGUCGCCAGAUGACAUCCCGCUGAUGACGCCAAACACCAUCACCAUGAUUCCAAACACACUGACCGGGAUGCAGCCUUUGCACACCUUCAACACCUUCAGCGGAGGGCAGAACAGUACCAAUUUACCCCACGGACAUUCCACCACUAGAGUAUAGCUUUGCGGCAUUCCCCUCCUGUCCCUCUGCCCCUCCAGCCCAGCAACACACAACAGAUAAAGAAACAGAGAAAGAAAGUCUCCAAAUCACGAAUAUUAUUUUCCCGCUGACUUAAGACAAAAAUGCAAAAAAGCAGUCAUCCCGUUGUCCCGGUACACCCUUCUCAUUGGCGUUUUCCAGUAUUACGAGAUCAACUUCUGACCCUAUGAAAUGUGAAAAGUGUACAUUUCUGUUACAAUACUGCUUUAAGAUCUUGGCCACUCCACCCGAUGUUUCGAUGUUUCGUGUGACUAGGACAUCACCAUUUCAAGGACCUGGGUGUUUCCACCAUCACGGAAGCAACUGACACUUCCGGAACUCAGCCAGGGACACUUAAUGUUUUUUAAUUACAAUGGAAAUUUAAACAUUUCUUUCUGGGCCACACAAUGGAUGGCUCUCCUUAAGGGAAGAAAGAGUCUAUGGGCUUUUGCCCAGCACGUGAAGCUGUAAUCCAGAGAGAAGGAAAGGUAGAAAUUUAAUGUCAAAAUAAAAGAAUUGACUAUGCAGUGAAAUCUGUACGGUUCUGUGCAAAGAGGUGUUUUGCCAGCCUGAACUAUAUUUAAGAAACUUUGUAAAAAAUAAAAAUGUAUAUAGCUGUGAGUUCAAACAAAAACACAAAAAAGAAAAAAAUAUUUUGUUGCUUUUUUCAGUUUGAAACGUUUUAGCAAGAUACUGCUUUUACCACUGCUCUGCAUAUAUCUACAAAUAGAUAUAUUUAUAUAUAUGCAUAUAUACAGACACAUACAUAUUAAUAUCAUCUCUGUUCCUGCACGAAAAAAAAAAGAGUUGCUUUUCUUAUUAAUUACUUGUAAACAAAACGUGAUUUUCUGACAUGAGAUUUUCAUUUGUAAGAGGAUGUUAUGUCAUACAGAAUACUCAGAAGUUCACUGUGGCUUAUUUCUCUGUGUCAGGUUGCAAACAUGCAUGCAAGAACAUUUUUAGGAGACCACUGUUUUGGAAAACUUUGAUUUGUACAUGUUAGCUUUUAUGAAAUUGCAGCAUAGAAAGAGGUCCCCAAAGUUGAAUGUAUUUAAAGUUUGUUCAGUUAGACACACACACACACACACACACACACACGCACACACAAUCAGCAGGGAAAAAAUAUAUAGAAGUCUUAUUCUGUAGUUCUGGCCAUUUGAAUAUGUUUAGGAAGAAUUGCUUCCCAUUUCAGGAUCAUGCCAAAAAAAAGGAAGAAAGCUUGCCUUUGGUGGGGCUAUGGCCUUUGGAGUAAAUACUCCUCUGUGUUCCCUAGCAGCUGCAGGAGGGUUUGGCCGAUGAAGUACCUGCUCAGCUUAGCUAAUCAGAUUGAAGGAAGACAUGUGUCUUUCCUUUCUGUUUAAGCACUCAGUCCCUUAUUUAUCAGUAAGCAAGUUUUUAAAAAUCUUUAAUAUAAUUUAUGGGACAAAACAUAUGCUUGUCUGAAAAUAUCACCUUUUGUGGAUGUGUGUAUCUGGUCACCAAACUACGACUAUUAUAGAAGAAUGGGGGAAAAGGAUAGAACAUUAAAACUGCUUUGCAUGGGUUUUCUGGGAAGUUAGGAUAGCUUCACUGACAAGGCAUUGAAUGGAAAUUUUUCACCCAUUUUAAAUUGGUGACCUGGAGAUCAGUGAUUUGUCUUUCUGACAGCUUGUCAUUUUCUCAUUUCUCUUCUCAUUUUCAGGAAGGUUUUGAGUAUUAUAAGGUAUAAGGAAACAUGGUAGCAAUGGUUACUUUAUAUUUUGUCUUUCAAAAAUUACUGCAUUACCAAGAAAGAGUAGCCAAAGAUAUUUGAAGAUCAUGUCCCUGGGCUCCAUUGUGAGUUAUUCUAGAAAUCUAGUCUUAAAUGUCUCUGCUAAAGUGGACAUUCCCCAUAAAAUUAUCCAGCUUCCUGGCUCUUUUGCAAUAACAACUUUGAUUACACUCAAACUAUAGGGAUGUACCAGUGUUUGACAGUGACCUCUAGAAAUAAAAAAAAUGUUUUUAGAAAUGCAUAAAAAUCACCCCCAAAUCCUGUUGCUUGUCUUGGGUUAAAUUUGAGAGUGAUUCUCUGUGUAUAAAUAUGUGAAAUAUUAUGAUCUCAGCUUAGCACAUGUGAAGCAACAUUUCUUUCCUACAGAGAGGUGACAUGGUAAGAUUUCAUUUCCAAUUCAUUGUUUCAUAGAGCUAUCAUCAGGUCAUUUCUGCAAGCAAUGUGUGACCCCACCUGAGCAACCACAGAUAGGCUCUCCGUGACACUACAAAGGAAGUGAUGUGUGGCAUCCAUGUUGGUUUCGUCUGUCUGUAAUGUGAAUUCCAGUAUUUGUUUAGUAUUUCCAGUUGUCUCCUGCUAGCAAUAUGUACAGUAACGCAUCAGGCUUGUGACAUUUGAAUAAGGAAUAAAAGAGUUCCUGUUAAGUGAAUAACUUUAGCUUUUACAGGGGUUUAUGAUCAAAAGUGAUUUAGUACAUCUUAAAUGAUAUCUUAUUUCUACAUGGAAAGAAGUUAUAGAAUCUUCAUAGAGUUCUAUGAGAAAAAAUAUACUUGCUAUCUAUAAAAAAGAGAAAAAAGAAAAAAAAUGAGAAAAAAAGUAAGAAAAAAAAAUCCUUUCCUAGGCUUUUAUUCUUGAUCUUCAAAGGCACGCAGGGUUUAAUGGUUCCUUGGGUUAUUAUUUUGGAAUUUUGUUUUUUAUUUUGCCUUAAGUAAUAUUAGAAGAUAUAUAUGGCCGGACACAUAUGUAUAAACUUUUCAGCAGCAUUUUUAAUAAUAAAAUAUCACAGUAUUUUCUAA